CCCUCGGCUACGGGGUUUCCCGGCCUGCCCACACAGGCGCCUUCCUUUCUGGCCGGAAAUCGCCGAGGGUGAAGCAGCGACCGUAGCCGCUCCGACUGCACCAUGGUAGGCCCCGAAAUGCGGGGCGGGAGUGACUAGGCCGCUACUCGCUCGCUCUCUCUGUCUCUCGCUCCUUACUGCGGUUGUCCUUCUCCUCAUCGCUUUCCUCUCCCUUUUUCUCCCCGCAGCCGCCAAAGGACGAUAAGAAGAAGAAGGACGCGGGCAAGUCGGCCAAGAAGGACAAGGACCCCGUCAACAAGUCCGGCGGAAAAGCCAAGAAGAAGGUGGGCCUGGGAGGGUCGUUGGAGCGGGACCGGCGCGGAGCCGCCGUGCUCUUCUCCAGAGGCGCGUGCACGGAGGAACCCCCUCCCCCUUCUUGGCACUAACGUGCCUCGUGCUCCGAAAAGGCACGUGGAGGGCCGGGCCGGGCCCGCCUUGCGUUGUGGUCUGUACCACUUCGGGGGGCGGGCGAAGGGCCAUGCUUUUGAAUGGUCUCGCGGGCUUUUUCAAUAAAUAACGAGGUUUUCCUUACUGGCCAAUGUGCCGGACAGCCGUCGGUAUCGCCAAGCACCCCAGCCUGCAGCCUCAUGUGGUAUAUCGUCUUCUCUUGCAACGUACAGUAUAUGCAAAUGCAAGGAGUUAUACGUGGUGGAAGUCGUCUCUGAAGCAAUGUUGUAUAGGCAUAUAGAGAUAGCUACAUAAACUUUGUUCAAAAUGGUGCUGAAUUUUUUUUCCGUAUCGCUUUCCAAAGGGUAGUCUGUUUCUGUGUUGGCAGAUAGGAGCACUUGCAGAUGGGAAAGGAACCUGUGGAAUUGUAUAUAGCAGUGUUUGCCUACCUUAAGAUUUGAUGGUGAACUCUUGUGACGUGGUUACGAGUGACUAGGACUUGGAUUCAAAUUCCUACCUUGAUGUGUGGGAAAAUGGGAAGGGGAAAGAACCGUGUACAACACCUUCAGCCCCUUUGGGGGGGGGGAAUGGGAUAUAGAAAUAUAAUACACUUGGUGCUCUCCAGCAUUUUGGACCACAGUGCCUAUAAGCUGCAGCUAAUUGCAGUGCUGGCUGGGGUUGAAGGGCCAAAGCAUCUGGAAGACACCAGGUUGGCAGACUGGUGCACAUCCUUAAAACCUUACCAGUGUGAAGUCCUCAGCACCUUUACUCUUGAGUAAAUCUGUGUCAUCUGGGCUUUUAAAGCUUUAACUGCUCCCCCCUUUCUUUCUUGAGCAGAAGUGGUCCAAAGGGAAAGUAAGAGACAAGUUGAACAACCUUGUUCUGUUUGACAAAGCUACUUAUGACAAGCUGUGCAAGGAGGUACCAAACUACAAACUCAUCACACCUGCUGUGGUCUCUGAAAGGCUGAAGAUUCGAGGCUCCUUGGCUAGAGCCGCGCUCCAGGAGCUUCUCAGCAAAGGUAACAACAUAGCAAAAUUCAGUGCCUCAGUGGAAAGGGCUAUCUGUGGCUACUUAAACCAAAGGUAGCCAACUUGGCGUUCUCUGGAUGUUUAUUAGACUACAGCUCCCAUCAUUCCUUAUCAUUGGCUACCCUUAGCUUAAAUUAAGGUGUUUGGGGGUCACUUGAUAGCAGCCCUACUUAUCUCAUGAAUGUUUGUUGGAGUCUGUCUCUCAUUUGAUUGGCAAUGGCAGAAUAGGGCGCUAAACUGGUAGGUAGCUGGCAACUGUUGUCAGUGCUGCAUGCAUGAAUACAGAAUAUCCCUAGGAGUACAACACUGGUAUUUAUUACAAAAGCCUCUACCUUAAUUGUGAGCACUGUAAUGAACAAGUUACAGCUCCACAGAUUUAUUUUUGUAUGUAUAGGAAGUUGGUUGGUAUGUUGCUUUUAAAAGCUCUGCUGUUCUUCAUAUUGAGCUGAACUAUACUGUCCUGUCCUUUUGCCAGGCCUAAUCAAACUGGUGUCCAAGCACAGAGCCCAGGUCAUCUACACCCGAAACACCAAGGGGGGUGAUGCACCAGCUGCUGGGGAGGACGCAUAAAAGGUGAGCUGCUUCUCAGUUCUGGCAGUAUGGCUUGGUGGAAUUCUAUCAUGGCAGUUAUUUAGCAGGCAAAUGGUUCUAAUUAAUUUAUCUCUUUGUUUUGCAGGUUCUUGGGAGGUUUUUUUAAGACUCUGUAAAUGACUAAAAUAAAAUAAUUUCAACUCCUGAAGUUUUGUGUGGUUUUCUGCUCAGUGAAGUUACGUACAGCUUUGUUUCUAAUAGUCAGGGACCAUAGGCAAGCAGUCAUUGAAAAGCCUUUACUCAUUUUCAUACAAGGCUGGCCUGCAAGUGCAUGGCUAUGUAAUUUAAAAAUUAUGUCCCGGGGCCAUGACAUAAAACAUGCAGAUACUACCACCCAGUCUUUGUUUUUACUGUGCCAAUGAGGCUAUCAUGGGAGCUAUUUAUAAACAGGCUUCUAGUCUCCUUAUAACAGCAUAGAUUAUUAGAUCAUAGUGGAGGGAUAAAGGACUCCCAGCUGUCCAGAUUUAAAGGCCCUGAUGCAGGAGGGUUCUGAUGAAGAGGUCGUGCUUAACCACCCACUCAAACAGCCAGGACAUUGUGCAGUGUAGGGGGUGUUCAGUCCAGCAAGGUGUCAAGGAGUUGAGCGCUGUUGAAAUGAAUCCUCUGCUUGUAGGAAAUGGAGACCUGGCAUUGGAGCAGGCCUGCAUUACACCAUAUUCCUACUGGAUACUGUGCAAACAGAAUGUGGAAUGCUUAGCCCUUUGGGGUAAAUGUGGCAUGUUGCACAAAGUGAGCUAGUGCCUUUUAAUAAAAAUUUAAAAAAUACAGGAGAAAAGUAAGCCCUUAGAACAGCCAGGUAUAAGAACAUGUUCCCAACCUUUACAAUAACUGCCUUAGAGGAGCUAUCUGUUUAAGAAAGAUGAGUUGAGAUGAGUGGAAUUGUAAAACACAUUUUAUAUUUAAUGAUACUUUACUACAGAAUAACCACAUGAUACUUGCUGACAUACAGAAUGUUCAAAAAGAAAAGUCUUCAUCUGGCGUCUUCUCAGGCUGCACAACCUUCUGUAAUUGAAUCAGGCCUUUCUUCCCUUCAGUCAGUUUUUUGCCGUUUCCUUUUAGGGCCAGGAUGUUUCUGUGCUUCAGAUUUGAACUGAUGUCUAGAAAAAGUAUGGUUAAUAAAAGCUUAAAAGAAUGAACCAGCCACCACAUCAGUUGCAGAGCCACCAUGUUCAUUCCCUUACAAAUGAGUGUAUUGCCAAUUAUCAUUUUAAUUGGGGGCAGGGGGAGAAUAAACUCCCAUACCAUAUAUUUUUCAAAGUGUUAGAUCAAAUUCACCAAAGGCCUGGAUAAGCAGGUGUGUUUUGACCUGACCGUGAAAGACAAAGUAGAAGCAAUUGACAUUUGCAAAGGGGGGAAUUCUACUAGAGUACAGGGAAGGCUCUAUCACUGUUCAGCAAGAAGUCCUCUACCCUGAUCUCAGGGCAGGUGAUAAAGAGAAAUGUACACCAUCAGAGACUUAAAGGCUCUACGUAUCAAUAAUGAAACCUUAAAUUGGGCCCAGUAACGUAUUGGCAGCCUGUGCAGAUCUUGCAGAAUAGGUGUUGCUGCAUAGGUCCAGAAAAAAACAAGCUAAAUUUUCUGGACCAUUAUUCAAAGGUAGUUCUAUGGAAACAGAUUAUAGUAAUCAAGACUCCCGGUUAUCUGAGCAUGCAGCACUGGGCAGACUAUAUUUAGAAACAGCCAUAACUAAUAAAAGGCACUUCUUGCCAUUUUGUCAAUUAAUGAAAGUGGAGGGAAGUGACACAGGUCAGUU